UCGUCCUCCCUCAACGCGGACUGCGGACAGAACCUGCAUAGAAAAAACAGGGAGAAAUCUGCGUCGGUUUCGUUCCCGUCAACGAAACCCUCUACUUUUCACCGGUCAAAGGAGGCGAGGAUAUAUCAGCUUCGUUGAUUUCUCCCUCCGCCAUUGAGGCAAAGGAUCAGCAGACAAUUGUUGUAAAAAACACGAUACAGCUAUGCAGAGCCAAGUUGUUUGUAGCGGGUGCAGGACCGUCCUCCUUUACCCAAGGGGAGCCACGGAGGUGCGUUGUGCCAUAUGCAGCACAAUCACCCCAGCUGCUUCAGGAAUGGAUAUGUCUCAACUUGUAUGUGGUGGCUGUCGAACGAUGUUGAUGUAUACUCGCGGUGCAACAAGUGUAAGAUGUUCCUGCUGCAACACAAUCAAUAUCACUAUGUCAGCAAAUCAAGUUUCUCAUGUGCACUGCAGACAAUGUCAUAGAAUGCUGAUGUACCCAUACGGAGCGUCAUCUGUCAAAUGUGCAAUUUGCCAUUACAUUACUAAUGUUGGGAUGCCAAAUAUGAGAGCUCCAGCCCCUGCAGGAACGAGGUCAAAUGAGACUGCACCCAUCCAGCCAUCAACAUCAAUUCAUUCCUCUCGUGUUCCAAACACGACAGUGGUGGUUGAAAAUCCGAUGUCAGUGAAUGAAAGCGGAAAACUGGUGAGCAAUGUUGUUGUUGGAGUCACUACAGGGAAGAAAUAAGAUCGGGCUUGUUGUGCAGGACAAUUAAUAUGUCUAUGUUCGAGUUGUAUAAAAGAAUGGACUUUCUACAUUAACGGGCCCAUGUUUUUCAUAGAUUGUGGUGCAUGCGCAGGACCUGCAUUCUUUUCGGUUUGUUAAAAGUUUACUGCAUCAGAUUGAAUUGUUCGCAGUCUAAUCCAUUAUAUAUAGUGUUCCGAUCCCUACGAGUUAGUGUUGUGUUGUGUAUGUUGUACCUAUUACACCGAGAUGUACAAAUUUUUGGUAAAUUUUGGUAAAAGGUGAUUUGUUCGUACCA